AAUUAAUUGUAGCUAGCUGUCCUAUAUCGACGUGUUUUAAAGAACAUGAAGUAGUUGUUUUUUUACUACAGGAGUUGCCAGCGUAUGAGAUUGAGGUCCAACUGUGCUGCUGCUGUUUGCUGUUUUAUCUAUGUGUGAUGUUGGAUAUGGGAGAAAGGAAAGAAGUGAAAAUGAUUCCUAAAUCCUCGUUCAGUAUAAACAGUCUGGUGCCCGAAGCCGCUCAGAGUGACAACCACCACCGAUCCGUGCCCGAAGCAGAGGAGAAAAAUCUUUUGCAAAACCCGGGGCAGGACGCAAAGUCGGAGAGCGCCGGCAACAAGAACGAGGGCGGCUCAACCGAGUUAUCCUGCUCCGAAGACAAGGAGAAAGCGGACGAGAAGAAAGUGGAUUGCAAAGAGGGGGACAGCGGGAAAGACGGCGAGAAGAAAAACGGCAAAUACGAGAAGCCACCCUUCAGCUACAAUGCCUUAAUUAUGAUGGCAAUCCGGCAGAGUCCCGAGAAGCGCCUGACACUCAAUGGCAUCUACGAAUUUAUCAUGAAAAACUUCCCGUAUUACAGGGAAAACAAACAAGGUUGGCAGAAUUCCAUCAGACACAACCUCAGCCUGAACAAAUGUUUUGUGAAAGUGCCAAGGCAUUACGAUGACCCGGGGAAGGGGAAUUACUGGAUGCUAGACCCUUCAAGUGACGAUGUGUUCAUAGGUGGCACGACGGGCAAGCUGCGCCGCCGGUCGACCACUUCCAGAGCGAAGCUGGCGUUUAAGCGGGGAGCGCGCCUAACUUCCACGGGACUGACGUUUAUGGAUAGGGCCGGCUCUUUAUACUGGCCGAUGUCACCGUUCCUGUCGCUGCACCACCCGAGGGCGAGCGGUGCGUUGAGUUACAACGGGACCACGUCCGCCUACCCUAGUCACCCCAUGUCCUAUAGCUCGGUAUUGACUCAGAACACUUUGGGCAACAACCACUCGUUUUCUGCCUCCAAUGGGUUAAGUGUAGACAGACUUGUAAACGGCGAGAUCCCGUAUGCGACUCAUCACCUUACGGCAGCAGCGCUGGCCGCCUCUGUGCCAUGUGGUUUGUCAGUCCCCUGCUCUGGCACGUACUCCAUAAAUCCUUGUUCAGUAAACCUUCUAGCAGGUCAAACCAGUUACUUUUUCCCUCACGUUCCCCACCCUUCAAUGACUUCUCAAAGCAGCACUUCAAUGACAGCCAGGGCAGCCUCCUCCGCGUCUCCGCAGGCGCCCUCGACUCUCCCCUGUGAGUCUUUAAGACCGUCUUUGCCAAGUUUUACUACGGGACUUUCCGGUGGACUUUCUGAUUACUUCACACAUCAAAAUCAGGGGUCAACUUCUAACCCUCUUAUACACUAACAAACAUCCACUGGAUCAGACUGUAAGUGAACAUUUUACACACAUUUGCAUUGUAUAAAGGAGAGAGAGAGAGAGAGAGAGAAAGAGGGAAAAAAAGAAAACAAAAAGAGAAAACGAGAAACGAAAAUGAGAAAAAAAAGGGGGCCCAGGUAUUUUUUAUUCAAAGUUCCCCAUUUUCUGUACACAUCUGUCAAGUCUCCAGAGUUGUUUAUUAUUCCAUUGUCAGUAAACGUGCAAUGUGGGGAGAAAUUGUAGAUUAUCGGGAUUGUAGAAUGUGUAUUUAAGUAGUGACUGCAAUUUCAUUCAUUUUAACAGGUCUGCCUAACACCGAAGCGCUCCCAUGUUUGCAGUAUUACAGGUUUGCAUUGGGGGCUGCUGGUGCCUUUCGAAAAUUUAUUUUUAUUUUUGUGUUUUUUUUUUUUUUGUCCAAAAAUGAAAUACUAAUUUUCUUUAAUUAUAUAUUAUUAUUUUUUUUUCCUCAAUGAAGAUGUAAUUUGUAUUAUGAACCCAGAAGGGUUCAUCCGUAAUAAUGAUCGGACCCUACCCGUAGGCUAUUUAUUAUUUUGUCCUUUUCUUGAAAAGAGAAAUUAAAAAUUUUAGUAUUUACUUUCUUUAUUAUUAUUAUUUUAAUUUUAUUUUUAUUUUUUGCUCAUUUAGACCAAAGACUGGAUGUAGAAAAGUUCAAAUGUAACGCAAGGCCUAUAUUUUUUUUUUUUUUGAUGAUGAUGAUGAUUCUUAUGAUCAUAAUUCUUUUGAGUUUGCAGCACUGCCAGACAAACGAUUCAGAAGGGGACAAAAAUAAUGAUUGCCUUUAGUUUAUGUUGUGUGCAUAUUUAAUGUAUGUGGUCACUAACAGGUCACAUUCUUUUUUUGUAAUUAGUAAAUUGUUAAUACCUAUUGUAAUUAUAGGUAAACCUUGCGAACGUGUAACCCGUGUUGAGUAAAUGCCUCAUAAAAUUCUUGAGUGAUUGUUAA